CUCAUGCAGCAUAACCUGCUCAUAUCCUAGCAAUUGUUUCAAGGGUUGGGACAGUUCAAAAAAUGAAAGGCAACGGCACCUACAGUUAUUUGGAGCCCCUGAUCUCGGAAGUGGAACACAUCUUCGUCAUUGAUGAUUUUGCGUCCCGGAUUGAAAGUGGCCUUUUCCACAAAGAGUCGCUCUUUUCCAGCGAAUUCGGAAAUAUUCAUCCGUCCGAUCCGAAGCUGACAAUGAUCUUUCAAAUGGAAGUCAAGUUUGAUCGAUUCGAGCUCUAUGAUGUCAAUGGAAAACUCUUGCAAAUCAACUGUCCGUUCAUUGCAGUGCGACUUCAUGCCAAGGGCCUCAAACAGGAUCGUUCGGUGGAGUUUCAACCCAAAGGGAAGUGUCAAUUCACCAUCCUCGACGACUUUGAACAUCCCAUCAAGGAGUCGGAAGACAAUCAAAUGCACUCAAGUGGGGUUCGGAGUUGGUAUGUGGAGAAAUUUCUGUGCUUGGACGAUCCGAGAACCUAUUUAUGCGAAAGCGGUGCCUUAGUUCUUCGCAGUCAUCUAACACUCAAUCUCGGAGAUCGAAUCCCAAAGCGAUCCUACAAACGAGAGGACCAGAGUCUGGAUGUGUCCAAGGCUCUAAGUCAGCGUUUAUCCAGAGAGUCCUAUCCGGACAUUUACCUUGUAAGCCAAGGCCUUCGGUUCCCCUGUCACAAGCACAUGUUGGCCUCUUGUUCCGAAGUGUUCGAGGCCAUGUUCUCCCAAGAAAACAGUUCUGAAGCGAUUUCCAACGAGGUCAAGAUCGAGGACAUCGACCCUGACACUCUUGAAAAAGUGCUCGAUUUUGUUUACAAGGACAAAGUGGUGGACUUUGAAGGCUUGGCCAUCAACCUCAUAUAUGCGGCCGAGAAAUACAACUUGGAAAACCUGAAGAUCUUGGCCGUUCAACGGGCCGUCCAACAAAUUAACGUGAUGAAUGUGAGCGAGGUCUUGAUCCUAGGGGAUCGAGUCCAAUCCAAUACCUUGAAAGAGGCUGCUAUGGAUUUCAUUCUACGAAACAUCCAAUCAGUGCGUUCAAGUGCAGGGUGGAAGGAGCUCACCCAAAAUUUCGGCAACUUGGUGGAUGAAGUCUUGGGUGAAUUACUUUGAGACUUGACAAAGGGCAAGAAGGGAACCCUACUUGACUUGAGACAAGUCUGUCUGGAACAGAUAAGACGACGCUCGUUACACUCCAUUUGCGACAGACGGCUUGAAACAACCGUUUCAUCUAUGAAGAUAUUAGGGAAUUCGCAUUGAAUGAUAUGGGCUCGAAACUGCGCUGAAACUGAGCUCAAUAAAACUUGGAGAGCUAGUUAAAGUUGAUAAA